AAUUAAAAAGUUUGAUCACACAAUCUUCCAAGUCUAUUUGUUCUGUUGUUAACUAUCAUAAAGUGAGUGGGCUUAUCUUAACAUCCUCAACUACAUUACUUGCCUCGAACUCUGACAGUCAGGGCGGCGCCUUGCUAUAAAUUCCAACACUCAAUAUUUCUCAACUCCUGCGCAUUUACAAACUCUCUUCAACCGCCAUCUCCUCGCUCCGUAACGUCUCUCUGUCUCCUUAUAUUUCUCUCUAUUACUUCUCCCUCUGUCAGUUAACCAGCAGCCAUGCCUUCUGAACUGGAACGCUCCAUGGAGUCCCUGAUCACGGUGUUCCACCGUUACGCCUCCAAAGAGGGGUCCGGUAACUCGCUCAGCCGCCGUGAGCUCAAGGACCUGAUGGAGCACGAGCUCUCUGGGUUCCUCAAGUCUCAGAAGGACCCCGCUGCGAUCGACAAGAUCAUGAAAGAUCUGGACACCAACGGAGAUGGAGAGGUGAACUUUGAGGAGUUUGUGUCUCUGGUGGUGGGCCUGUCCAUCGCCUGUGAGCAGUGCUACCAGAUGCACCUGAAGAAGAUGGGGAAGAAGUGAGAGAGGAGGGGUCACUUUUGUAAUAUCACACUGUUCAUUAAAAACAUGGAGAAACUGUU